CCAUGCCAACCUCUGCUACCCUCUUCCCAGCUCAUCCUGUUUGGGCUCAGUAAUCAGCUGGCUGUGACAUUCCGGGAAGAGAACACCAUCGCCUUCCGACACCUCUUCCUGCUGGGCUACUCAGACGGGGCAGAUGACACCUUCGCAGCCUACACGCGGGAGCAGCUGUACCAGGCCAUCUUCCAUGCAGUGGACCAGUACCUGGCGUUGCCAGACGUGUCACUGGGCCGGUACGCGUAUGUCCAUGGCAGGGGUGACCCUUGGGCCAAUGGCUCAGGGCUUGCUCUCUGCCAGCGGUACUACCACCGAGGCCAUGUGGACCCAGCCAAUGACACAUUUGACAUUGAUCCGAUGGUGGUCACUGGUGAGUGGGCACAGCGGGGCUUUGCUGUUUGGAGUCCGAGCUUCGGGAUUAAAAUCAAUAGCUGUGGCUGGGCGACGUGGCUCAUGCCUGUAAUACCAGCACUUUGGGAGGCUAAGGAGGGAGGAUUGCUUGAGGCCAGGAGUUUGAGACCAGCCUGGGCAAUGUAG